AUGGGUAAUAAGGAGCUUUCGGCAUACAUACGAGCACCAAACCUAGAUUAUGAGCCGGGCAAGGCAAUUCGUCUCGGCCACAUCUGGCGAAAUCCUCGAGACCCCGGCUCCUUCUGCGGACAACCUCUGGCCAUCCCUCGUGAGAUGGAAACCAACCAUACGUACAAGGCACCGUGGUUCAUUGGCAAGGGCCGCUCGACGUGCGGGUCAGUUGGCGUCUGGGCAAAGUUCCUUCAAGUUGUGGGAGUGACUGCGCAGGCCAAUUUCAACUGGAACAAUGCCGACGACAUGGCUCACACCUUUGAGAGGCUAGACACUUAUUCCAUCGAGCCGACACCAGAAUACCUGAAGGCGAGCAUUGAGACCGUGGCAGGAGAUGCUAUUAAGAAGGGGGAACGUCUCUACAUGAUCACGGGGGUCAAGGUUGCUCGUGGUGCCGUCGGAACCAUAUUCUCUUCGAGAACUGUCGGCGUCAGAGGCCGGGUUGGUGCCAGCGGUGCUUCCCAAGGAGUUGACGCAGAAGGGGGACCCUACUUGGACGCCUCACGAAACGAAUACAGCGGCGUGAGCUACGGAGAGUCGUCAGACUUUGUGUUUGCGUACCGCGUCAGGGAGAUUCUCUACCGAAAGAGAGACUACAAGACGAGGGUUGGAGAUGCCAUGUAUGGGGGAGCUGAGGCUCCUCUGGGGAUCGACUUGGGUGCAAGAGCUGAGGCUUUUGUGGUUGGUGUUGAUAGUGCUGAGCUGGAGAGCGUUGAUGUUGGAUUUGAUGAUGGCUUUUCUGACGAGGCCAUGUUGUUCAUUAACGAUGAUGGAGAAGAGUGUCUUUUUCUUGCGUAG